AUGGGGCGCGUCCGAACGAAAACAGUCAAGCGCGCGGCGCGCCAGAUCGUCGAGAAGUACUACGCGAAGUUGACUCUGGAUUUCCAGAUCAACAAGAAGAUCGCAGAAGAAGUGGCGCUCAUUCCCUCAAAGCGCAUUCGCAACAAGGUUGCGGGGUUCAUCACUCACCUGAUGAAGCGCAUUCAGAAGGGGCCUGUCCGCGGCAUUUCGCUGAAGCUGCAGGAGGAAGAGAGGGAGCGGCGGAUGGACUUCGUUCCGGAGAAGUCCGAAAUUGAUGUUCCAACAAUUCAAAUUGACCAAGACACUGAGGAGAUGCUGCAGGCCCUCAACAUCUCCCUGCCCAACGUCACUGUGGCCUCCGCCCACAGGGGCGGCAUGGGCGGCAGGCCCAUGCGCGCCUGA